UGCUGGAAAAAAUUUGACAAUGAUAGAUGCGGAGGCAGUGGCAGGUGGAAUUGCUCAGUUACCAUGCGACGUGGAACCGCCGGUCCCUGGGGACAAGCUGCAUCUAGUUAUUUGGUACAAGGAGGAGGCAGACGCGCCGAUAUACAGUUUCGACACGAGGGGGCGAAGCAACCUGGAACAAGGAAAACACUGGCAGAAUAUCAGCCUCGACAAACGUGCCUUCUUCAGAUACUCGGAGCAUCCCGCGAAACUCACCCUCGAGAACGUUCGUGAGAGCGACGCCGCCGUUUACAGAUGCAGGGUCGAUUUCAAGCAGUCUCCUACCAGGAACAGCAAAGUCAAUCUCACGGUGAUCAUACCGCCGGAGCAGCUUAGCAUAUUGGACGAAGACGGAAGGUCUCAUAUUUCCUAUUACGUGCUUGGCCCGUACACCGAGGGUGCCUCUCUGAAUAUUACCUGCGUCGCUGCUGGUGGUCGACCGCAACCGCGGGUGACGUGGUGGCAAGAGAACGCUCUCCUCGACGACACCUACGAAACCGUCGGCACCAAGAGGGUCCGCAACGUGCUGCGAUUGGAAAAGUUGAGCAGGGAACACCUGAACGCCAUUUUAACGUGCCAGGCGUCGAACAACAACAUGGUCGCCCCUAUAUCCAGCUCUGUCACGCUUAAUAUGACUCUGAAACCAUUGUGGGUCCGCAUGCAAGGAGAGAACCGUCCAUUCAGCGCAGGCGCUACCUACGAGAUCGACUGCGAAGUAGUCGGCGCGAGGCCAAAACCAACGAUCACGUGGUCCAAAGGAAGCAUGAUCCUGAAGAACGCUAGACAGACGAUGAGCCCCGACAACAACGUCACCACCAGCGUGCUCACGUUCGUGCCGAGUAUCGAGGACGCGGGCAAGUUCCUCUCCUGCCACGGCAGCGUGCCGAACAUCCCGGAUUCCGAGAUGGAGGACGGAUGGAAGCUCGACAUACACCACGAGCCGGUGGUUACCCUCGAGCUCGGCAGCAAUCUGAACUUGAGCGCAAUCCGCGAGGGUAUCGACGUUUAUUUCGAGUGCAAUAUCAAGUCGAAUCCGUGGGUUUACAAGGUCUCCUGGCGGCAUAACGGCAAUCCGCUGUACCAUAAUCCAGCCACGGGCACCAUAAUCAGUAACCAAAGCCUGGUGCUGCAGAGCGUGACUCGGGGCAGAGCCGGAAUCUACACGUGCAUCGGCAGCAACCAGGAAGGCGACGGAGAGAGCAACCCACUGAAUCUGGACAUCAAAUUCACCCCGGUCUGUCACCAAGGCCAGGUGAAGGUGUUCGGCGUAGCGCGACAGGAAACUGCGAGGAUACGAUGCGAGCUGGAGGCAAAUCCACCGGAAGUAACGUUUAUGUGGAAGUUCAAUAAUACAAUGGAGGCGAUCGACAUACCACAGGCACACGUCACCCGCGAACGAACGCGCUCCACAGCCUCUUACACACCUAUGACGGAGUUGGAUUAUGGCACUCUGCUCUGUUGGGGUACCAACGAUCAGGGUACACAGCUCGAACCCUGUGUCUACCACAUUGUGCCAGCUGGUCACCCGGACACGCCGCACAAUUGCUCUCUUCUGAACCAAACGACGGAUUCGCUGUACGUGGAGUGCACGGAGGGGUUCGACGGUGGUCUGCCGCAGAAGUUCACGAUACAGAUAGACCGUGAGGCAGGAACCAGCAGCACAUCCUCAAAACCGAGCACCACGGUCUACAAUCAGACGAGCAAAGUGGCGUCGUUCUCGGUUGGCAACCUAGAGCCAGGUACCACCUACGACGUGCACAUAUACGCCAGCAACAGCAAAGGUCGCAGCGAGACGGUCCACUUCCGUGCCACCACGCUUAACCUGCCCGAGAGGCGAACAGCAGGUGAGAGGAUGGCGCAACCUCCGCCCCCGGAGAAUUGUACGAUCAGGGAAGAGAGUCGGACAACGGUCAGGGUGAGCUGCGCCGAGAGCGAGUACAUCGACCCGCGCACCGCCACCUAUGUACUGCAGGUCUUCGACGCAGACACCAGGCGUCUAUUGGCGUCCGCGACUAGCAUGACGCCUAGCAUGCUCGAGAUCACCGAUCUGCCAGCGGAGAGGAGUUACUCCGGGCUGGUGCUCUCGCUGAGGAUCAUGACGGAGCACGCGAUGAGCGACGCCACGGUUCUUCACAGCCCGCACUUUGUUCAGGAGGGUAAGACACAGGAGCAUCAACGAUACCCAGCACUGACACCGGUGAUGCUGUCGCUGUCUGGACCACUACUCGGCGCUGUAGUCGGAGCAACGGCGGGCCUCCUACUGGUGAUCUUCGUGAUAGUCCUGGCGGUGAGAUUACGGUAUCGACCGAGGCCUCAGGAGGACAAGGACUCUCACGACGACGGCGGCAUGGCAAACCUGGCUGCGUCCGGAACCGGCAGUUCCUCUCCACGUGAUAAAUCGUCGACCCUGCCUCUCAACUCCGAGAGCAUCGAGAGCUUCGAGAAGGACCCUGAUAUAAUUCCUCACGCUAAUGAGAAUUCUUAUGCCGAGUUAUGCAAAGGCACUUCACCCCGCUACGUAUUACACCAACAACGUACAGAUGCAAGUACUUUUACCAACACGGGCAAUGGAUCAGAGUUAACGUACGCCGAGCUGUCGCUCCGAGGUAACCGACGAAUACCUCCUAAUUGUUAUCAGCCAGUACAGGUAUCCAAUAUUCAACGGCCUCCACUGCUGGCCAUGUCGACUCUGACGCGUAGGCAACCAAUCCAGGAACCGACGAUUUACGCGCAAGUCGCCAGUCAUUCUAAGCCGAUUUAUGUGCCGCCCCCACAUCCGUACAUGAGUCGUAGCAACGACGAAACCACGGCAGAAACUCCAUUAAUCGGACAUGACAAUAAGAUUACCACGAUCAGCCAAUCGGGUAGCUCAAUAUGGCGUACCGACACGCCACCAGUUUCAAAUACACCAACAACAUGAUUCUAAGAUGUUCGAUUCCGAUCGAAGCAACGUUUCGCUCUUGUACACGUUUCCCGAUG